CUUCAUUGUUAAACAUGUAGCUAGAGUUAAAUUGCAUUUACACAUCCAUGACAUUUACUCAAGUCUGGUUUCACUAUAGUGGUGAACACACAUGACACAUGCAGUCACAGGAACCUCGCUUCAGCAGUGUUUCCGGAUUUCUUUAAGGGUGGCUGAGAUCACAGACAGGGGGCUGGAGCCACCCUAAAGAAGGUCUAGGACCACCCCUGGAGAGAAGCUAAUUCUCACGGGCGCAUCUCUUCCACUAAACGGCGAUACUCACCGAGACUUUCUCCGAGGCAGCAGGGGUUCAGCGAGAAAUCGGCAGCUGGCAGCAGGAAGUAGCUGUCGCUAAUAACCCGAAGUCGGGGGUAGAUGACGCCUUUUAGCAAGUGAUCGAUGGUUUCAUGAGGCUGAAAAAGUGACCACAUCAUGGCUUCAUCAAAUGAGUCUGCAAAAGAAUAUGUCAGAAAUGCUCGUGAAAAACUGGUUGGACGUCUACAAAACCUGCCUGUUAUUGUUGAAAAACUUCACCAACAGAAUGUUUUCAAUGGCAAUGAAGUUAGUGUAAUUGAGGCAGAACCAGAAAAGUACAACAAAACCAGGAGGAUAUUGGACUGGGUCUUAAACAAGGGCGAGAAGGCCUGCUAUAAGUUUCUCAGAAUACUGGAUCGUGAGAGGAAAUUGGUCUUGCCAAAACCAGAUUCUACUAGUCAAACUCCUGAUUUACAUACAUGGAUCUCCUUGUUCUCCUUUGGAGAUGAGGAUGAAGAUGACUACAUAGAAGGACCUGUCUCAUGUCAUCAGCUGCAAAAUGAUUUGAAGACAAAAACAAAAAAAAAUAUUUUACGAAGGUGGAGUCAGAGUCUGCGGUUCUAUGGAGAAAGACUACAAAAAAACUUCACUUUUAUUCCUCUAGUGUUGGACACGGAGACAGAAAAUAAUAAACCCUGUAACAAAAUCACACUGAAGAGCAAGAAAUCUAAAAAGCCCCGUUUAAAAAAGAUGAAGUCCUACAUACCAAAGGACACACAGACAAAAUCCCCUGAAGAUUUAGUGAAUAGCAGUGAGAAAAGUAUCCUAAUAGUAGGAAAACCUGGAAUUGGGAAGACGACAGUUGUUCAACAGAUGUUACAUCACUGGGCAGAGAGAAGUGACAGAAACCUUGACUUCAUGUUUUACUUUGAUGAAAACACACUGACAAACAUCUCAACUACAGAGAGCUUAGAAAAUCUUCUACUGAGCAAAUAUUUAAUGUCAAAUCAGCUUAAAGAAAAUGCUGAAGAAAUCCUGCAGUAUCUACAAGAACAUUCUGACAGUGUGACUAUUGUUUUUGAUGGAAUCAGAGAUAUUCAGGAGAACACGGUUUUGCUGGAGAUCAUGGACCAUGAACUUCUGCCUGAAGCAAAGAUAGUGGUAACAUGCAGGCCUGAAGUAGAGGAUGAGUUCUCUGACUGGACAACAUGUAAAGUUUAUGUUAAAGGUUUCAGUGAAGAGUCAAUUUAUGAUUUUUUUAAGAUGAUGACAGUUAAUGAACCAGAGUUGGUAGACAUUGUGAUAAACAAUCCUGCUCUCUUCAGUCUCUGCCACGUCCCUAUGUAUGCUUUUAUGGUGGCAGCCUGUAUUUCAUACUACACUUCUGAAGAACCACAGAAACACUUCACAGCUACUGAGCUGUAUGUACGAAUAUUUCGUCACUGUCUACAGAGACACGGAAAUAAGAAAUUGCUGUAUUUAGAUGGACACAUUAAAGACUGCAGAGACAUGGUCCUGUCUUUAGCAGAGAGCGCUUUCAAUGCCACCAAGUUAAAAACUAUCAACCUGAAGUUUGAUUAUGAUGAGAGAGGCAUUUCUGGUGCUUUUCUGAAGAUUGUCUCUGUUGUGUCACCAGCAUGUGCCAAGACAUUUUGUGCAUUUUUUCACAACACAAUGCAGGAAUUUUUUUCUGCUCUUUGGCUUCUAGAAAAAUCAGAAAUACUUGAUGAGGUUCUCCAUCUGUGUCAGAAUGAAGACAGUGAACACAUGAAACAUAUAAUUCCUUUUCUCUGUGGACUUCGAUCACCAACCAUCGUUGAUCAUCUGACGUGUCUCUUUCCAUUGAACAAGAUCAAGGACAAUAUUGAUGGGUUCUUUGAGAAGGUCUUAAACACUUUCAUUGGUGAUGAUGAAAACACUGACAUUGCCUUCAUAUGUCAGUGUCUGUAUGAAUUACAGGCACCUGCAACCUGCUGCUCAUUUCUAGAGAGAAUAAAACAUCAUCUAGUUUUGAGUGAUGAACAUCUUGACCCUUACACCUGCUGUGCUGUGUCCUAUGUAAUCAGACAAUCCACAAACACACAGGUUCAUCUUGAUUUGGAGAACAGUGCUGUGUCCCUCUCAGGGCUGAAGAUAAUUCUCAAACAUUCACAUUAUCUAAGGGAUUUCUCAACAACACUAAGUCAGAUCUGGACAGUUGCCUUGAAGUGUGAGGAACUUAAUUAUCUGAUAAAUCUGCUACAGUUAUGUGGGAAUGAGAUUCACAUCCCAAUGAGCAGUCACACAGAUGUGCUUGAGCAAGCUGGAAAAUUUAUAACACGAUAUGCAGAACAACCAAAUCUCCAUCUGUACUGUGAUAAAGACCCACAACAGCUCACAGAUCUUCUCUUAAGCACAGUGCUCUCAUGGCUGCCACACAUCAGCUCUCUCAAGUCUGACUUUACAGAUGAAGAGAAAAAGAAGAGAUGGAGAAACUUUCUACUGGAUUUGUGUCUGCAAACAGCUCUACACCAACCACAAAACAUCCAGGAGACAGUGGAGAAAGUGAUGACAGGUUAUUAUGAAGGAUGGAGUGAGUUCCUGCUGGAUCUGUUCUCACAUGUGAAGCAGUAUGAGAGUAAAACACACAGGACUGUCCUUCCAGCAUUGCUGCCAGUUUACCGGUCACUUCCUGUUUGGUCCAUAAAGCUCUCAGAGAGAAAAGUCUCCGUCCUCCUAGAAGUGCUGAAACUCCAAACACAGAAGAUACCAGUGGAGCUGAGAGAAUGUUCAGAUGAAGAGAGUGAAGUGAGGAGUUUCCUUCAGUGUCUGCCCUACAUCUCACACCUCAGCUUUAAUGGGUCUCAAUCUACAGACGGAGAGAAAAAGAACAAAUGGAGAGAAUUUCUACUGGAUUUGUGUCUGCAAACAGCUCUACACCAACCACAAAACAUCCAGGAGACAGUGGAGAAAGUGAUGACAGGUUAUUAUGAAGGAUGGAGUGAGUUCCUGCUGGAUCUGUUCUCACAUGUGAAGCAGUAUGAGAGUAAAACACACAGGACUGUCCUUCCAGCAUUGCUGCCAGUUUACCGGUCACUUCCUGUUUGGUCCAUAAAGCUCUCAGAGAGAAAAGUCUCCGUCCUCCUAGAAGUGCUGAAACUCCAAACACAGAAGAUACCAGUGGAGCUGAGAGACUGUUCAGGUGAAGAGAGUGAAGUGAGGAGUUUCCUUCAGUGUCUGCCCUACAUCUCACACCUCAGGUUUAAACAGUCUCAAUCUACAGACGGAGAGAAAAAGAACAAAUGGAGAGAAUUUCUACUGGAUUUGUGUCUGCAAACAGCUCUACACCAACCACAAAACAUCCAGGAGACAGUGAAGAAAGUGAUGACAGAUUAUGAUUAUGAAGAAGAGAGUGAAUUCCUGCUGGAUCUGUUCUCACAGCUGAAGCAGUAUGAGAGUAAAACACACAGGACUGUCCUUCCAGUAUUGCCGCCAGUUUACCGGUCACUUCCUGUUUGGUCCAUAAAUCUCUCAGAGAGAAAAGUCUCCGACCUCCUAGAAGUGCUGAAACUCCAAACACAUAAGAAACGAGUGGAGCUGAGAGACUGUUCAGAUGAAGAGAGUGAAGUGAGGAGUUUACUUCAGUGUCUGCCCUACAUCUCAGACCUCAGCUUUAAACGGUCUCAAUUUACAGACGGAGAAAAAAAGAAGAGAUGUAGAAAAUUUCUACUGGAUUUGUGUCUGCAUGUAGCUCUACACCAACCACAAAACAUCCAGGAGACAGUGAAGAAGGUGAUGCCAGAUUAUUAUGAAGAACAGAGUGAUUUCCUGCUGGAUCUGUUCUCACAUGUGAAGCAGUAUGAGAGUAAAACACACAGGACUGUCCUUCCAGUAUUGCGGCCAGUUUACCGGUCACUUCCUGUUUGGUCCAUAAAUCUCUCAGAGACAAAAGUCUCCGACCUCCUAGAAGUGCUGAAACUCCAAACACAGAAGAUACCAGUGGAGCUGAGAAACUGUUCAGGUGAAGAGAGUGAAGUGAGGAGUUUACUUCAGUGUCUGCCCUACAUCUCACACCUCAGCUUUAAACAGUCUCAAUCUACAGACGGAGAGAAAAAGAACAAAUGGAGAGAAUUUCUACUGGAUUUGUGUCUGCAAACAGCUCUACACCAACCACAAAACAUCCAGGAGACAGUGAAGAAAGUGAUGCCAGAUAUUGAAGAAUAUGAGGAAGAUGAAGAUUAUUAUUAUGAAGAAGAGAGUGAUUUCCUGCUGGAUCUGUUCUCACAUGUGAAGCAGUAUGAGAGUAAAACACACAGGACUGUCCUUCCAGCAUUGCUGCCAGUUUACCGGUCACUUCCUGAUUGGUCCAUAAAUCUCUCAGAGAGAAAAGUCUCCGACCUCCUAGAAGUGCUGAAACUCCAAACACAGAAGAAACCAGUGGAGCUGAUAGACUGUUCAGGUGAAGAGAGUGAAGUGAGGAGUUUCCUUCAGUGUCUGCCCUACAUCUCACACCUCAGCUUUAAUAGAUUCCCAAGUGAUAAACAGAGACGUCAGUCAUGGACAAGUUGCAGGUAUGAUUCCCAGAAGCAGAAACACACAGAGUUCCUGAUGAAUCUCCUCCAUCACGCUACAGAAAGUGACAGACACACAGGGGGAAAAUCACUGGAGCUGUUAGCAUCAGUGUGUAAUCACACACAUUUUCCUUAUGGAGAAAAAUCUACAGUUAAUAACAGUGAUUUCCUGCUGGAUCUGUUCUCACAUGUGAAGCAGUAUGAGAGUAAAACACACAGGACUGUCCUUCCAGUAUUGCUGCCAGUUUACCGGUCACUUCCUGUUUGGUCCAUAAACCUCUCAGAGAGAAAAGUCUCCGACCUCCUAGAAGUGCUGAAACUCCAAACACAGAAGAUACCAGUGGAGCUGAGAAACUGUUCAGGUGAAGAGAGUGAAGUGAGGAGUUUACUUCAGUGUCUGCCCUACAUCUCACACCUCAGCUUUAAACAGUUUCAUUUUACUGACGGAGAGAAAAAGAAGAGAUGGAGAAAAUUUCUACUGGAUUUGUGUCUGCAAACAGCUCUACACCAACCACAAAACAUCCAGGAGACAGUGAAGAAAGUGAUGACAGAUUAUUAUUAUAAAGAACAGAGUGAUUUCCUGCUGGAUCUGUUCUCACAUGUGAAGCAGUAUGAGAGUAAAACACACAGGACUGUCCUUCCAGUAUUGCUGACAGUUUACCGGUCACUUCCUGUUUGGUCCAUAAAUCUCUCAGAGAGAAAAGUCUCCGACCUCCUAGAAGUGCUGAAACUCCAAACACAGAAGAUACCAGUGGAGCUGAGACACUGUUCAGGUGAAGAGAGUGUAGUGAGGAGUUUCCUUCAGUGUCUGCCCUACAUCUCACACCUCAGCUUUAAACAGUAUGAUUCCCAGACGCAGAAACACACAGAGUUCCUGAUGAAUCUCCUCCAUCACGCUACAGAAAGUGACAGACACACAGGGGGAAAAUCACUGGAGCUGUUAGCAUCAGUGUGUAAUCACACACAUUUUCCUUAUGGAGAAAACGAUACAGAUUAUAACAGUGAUUUCCUGCUGGAUCUGUUCUCACAGCUGAAGCAGUAUGAGAGUAAAACACACAGGACUGUCCUUCCAGCAUUGUGGCCAGUUUACCGGUCACUUCCUGUUUGGUCCAUAAAGCUCUCAGAGGGAAAAGUGUCCGUCCUCCUAGAAGUGCUGAAACUCCAAACACAGAAGAUACCAGUGGAGCUGAGAGACUGUUCAGAUGAAGAGAGUGAAGUGAGGAGUUUCCUUCAGUGUCUGCCCUACAUCUCACACCUCAGGUUUAAUGGGUCUCACUUUACAGAUGGAGAGAAAAAGAAGAGAUGGAGAAAAUUUCUACUGGAUUUGUAUCUGCAAACAGCUCUACACCAACCACAAAACAUCCAGGAGACACUGAAGAAAGUGAUGACAGGUUAUAAUUAUUAUUAUGAACAGAGUGAUUUCCUGCUGGAUCUGUUCUCACAUGUGAAGCAGUAUGAGAGUAAAACACACAGGACUGUCCUUCCUGCAUUGCUGCCAGUUUACCGGUCACUUCCUGUUUGGUCCAUAAAUCUCUCAGAGAGAAAAGUCUCCGUCCUCCUAGAAGUGCUGAAACUCCAAACACAGAAGAUACCAGUGGAGCUGAGAAACUGUUCAGAUAAAGAGAGUGUAGUGAGGAGUUUCCUUCAGUGUCUGCCCUACAUCUCACACCUCAGCUUUAAUGGUGAUUAUUCCCAGAAGCAGAAACACACAGAGUUCCUGAUGAAUCUCCUCCAUCACGCUACAGAAAGUGACAGACACACAGGGGGAAAAUCACUGGAGCUGUUAGCAUCAGUGUGUAAUCACACACAUUUUCCUUAUGGAGAAAACAAUACAGAUUAUAACAGUGAUUUCCUGCUGGAUCUGUUCUCACAUGUGAAGCAGUAUGAGAGUAAAACACACAGGACUGUCCUUCCAGCAUUGCUGCCAGUUUACCGGUCACUUCCUGUUUGGUCCAUAAAUCUCUCAGAGAGAAAAGUCUCCGUCCUCCUAGAAGUGCUGAAACUCCAAACACAGAAGAAACGAGUGGAGCUGAGAGACUGUUCAGAUGAAGAGAGUGAAGUGAGGAGUUUCCUUCAGUGUCUGCCCUACAUCUCACACUUCAGCUUUAAAGUUGAUGAUUACCAGAAGCAGAAACACACAGAGUUCCUGAUGAAUCUCCUCCAUCACGCUACAGAAAGUGACAGACACACAGGGGGAAAAUCACUGGAGCUGUUAGCAUCAGUGUGUAAUCACACACAUUUUCCUUAUGGAGGAAACGCUACAGUUAAUAACAGUGAUUUCCUGCUGGAUCUGUUCUCACAUGUGAAGCAGUAUGAGAGUAAAACACACAGGACUGUCCUUCCAGCAUUGCUGCCAGUUUACCGGUCACUUCCUGUUUGGUCCAUAAAUCUCUCAGAGACAAAAGUCUCCGACCUCCUAGAAGUGCUGAAACUCCAAACACAGAAGAUACCAGUGGAGCUGAGAGACUUUUCAGGUGAAGAGAGUGAAGUGAGGAGUUUACUUCAGUGUCUGCCCUACAUCUCAGACCUCAGCUUUAAACAGUUUUACCUUAGAGAUGAAGAGGAAAAGAAGAGAUGGAGAAACUUUCUACUGGAUUUGUGUCUGCAUGCAGCUCUACACCAACCACAAAACAUCCAGGAGACAGUGAAGAAAGUGAUGACAGAUUAUGAUUAUAAAGAACAGUGUGAGUUCCUGCUGGAUCUGUUCUCACAUGUGAAGCAGUAUGAGAGUAAAACACACAGGACUGUCCUUCCUGCAUUGCUGCCAGUUUACCGGUCACUUCCUGUUUGGUCCAUAAAUCUCUCAGAGAGAAAAGUGUCCGUCCUCCUAGAAGUGCUGAAACUCCAAACACAGAAGAAACGAGUGGAGCUGAGAAACUGUUCAGGUGAAGAGAGUGAAGUGAGGAGUUUCCUUCAGUGUCUGCCCUACAUCUCACACCUCAGCUUUAAUGUGUUUUAUUCAGGAUCUGCAUCCGUCCAGUUUAUGGUGAAUCUGAUCAUCGCAGCAGUCGACUGUCAAUCAGAUAAAGGAGAGAGUUUUACUGAGCUGCUGGUGUCAGUGUGCAGCUACAACACAUUCCCUUUUAGACAAGAGGUUUAUGGCUUCCAUGAAAAACGGAGUGAUUUCCUGCUGGAUCUGUUCUCACAUGUGAAGCAGUAUGAGAGUAAAACACACAGGACUGUCCUUCCAGUAUUGCCGCCAGUUUACCGGUCACUUCCUGUUUGGUCCAUAAAUCUCUCAGAGAGAAAAGUCUCCGUCCUCCUAGAAGUGCUGAAACUCCAAACACAGAAGAUACCAGUGGAGCUGAGAAACUGUUCAGGUGAAGAGAGUGAAGUGAGGAGUUUCCUUCAGUGUCUGCCCUACAUCUCACACCUCAGCUUUAAACAGUCUAAUUCAGGAUCUGCAUCUGUCCAGUUUAUGGUGAAUCUGAUCAUCGCAGCAGUCGACUGUCAAUCAGAUAAAGGAGAGAGUUUUACUGAGCUGCUGGUGUCAGUGUGCAGCUACAACACAUUCCCUUUUAGACAAGAGUUUCAUGGAUUCCAUGAAGAACAGAGUGAUUUCCUGCUGGGUCUGUUCUCACAUGUGAAGCAGUAUGAGAGUAAAACACACAGGACUGUCCUUCCUGCAUUGCUGCCAGUUUACCGGUCACUUCCUGUUUGGUCCAUAAAGCUCUCAGAGAGAAAAGUCUCCGACCUCCUAGAAGUGCUGAAACUCCAAACACAGAAGAAACCAGUGGAGCUGAGAGACUGUUCAGAUGUAGAGAGUGAAGUGAGGAGUUUCCUUCAGUGUCUGCCCUACAUCUCACACCUCAGCUUUAAUGAGUCUAAUUCAGGAUCUGCAUCCGUCCAGUUUAUGGUGAAUCUGAUCAUCGCAGCAGUCGACUGUCAAUCAGAUAAAGGAGAGAGUUUUACUGAGCUGCUGGUGUCAGUGUGCAGCUACAACACAUUCCCUUUUAGUGUAGAGUUUGAGAAAUUCCAUGAAAAACGGAGUGAUUUCCUGCUGGAUCUGUUCUCACAUGUGAAGCAGUAUGAGAGUAAAACACACAGGACUGUCCUUCCAGUAUUGCCGCCAGUUUACCGGUCACUUCCUGUUUGGUCCAUAAAUCUCUCAGAGAGAAAAGUCUCCGACCUCCUAGAAGUGCUGAAACUCCAAACACAGAAGAAACGAGUGGAGCUGAGAGACUGUUCAGGUGAAGAGAGUGAAGUGAGGAGUUUCCUUCAGUGUCUGCCCUACAUCUCACACCUCAGCUUUAAUGAGUCUAAUUCAGGAUCUGCAUCCGUCCAGUUUAUGGUGAAUCUGAUCAUCGCAGCAGUCGACUGUCAAUCAGAUAAAGGAGAGAGUUUUACUGAGCUGCUGGUGUCAGUGUGCAGCUACAACACAUUCCCUUUUAGACAAGAGCUUCAUGGAUUCCAUGAAAAACAGAGUGAUUUCCUGCUGGAUCUGUUCUCACAUGUGAAGCAGUAUGAGAGUAAAACACACAGGACUGUCCUUCCAGCAUUGCUGCCAGUUUACCGGUCACUUCCUGUUUGGUCCAUAAAGCUCUCAGAGAGAAAAGUCUCCGUCCUCCUAGAAGUGCUGAAACUCCAAACACAGAAGAAACGAGUGGAGCUGAGAGACUGUUCAGAUGUAGAGAGUGUAGUGAGGAGUUUCCUUCAGUGUCUGCCCUACAUCUCACACCUCAGCUUUAAUGGAUGUGAAGAAAAGUUAAUUCCACGUUUAAGUAAAGCAGUUGUUGCCCAUGCAGAAGAUACAGAGCUGGUGAGAGCUUUCUUUGCUGCUAUGGACUUCGUCCUCAUUAUAGAUUGGUUUUUAACUACUCGUGAGUGCAGGGCUGUGAGGAAAUUACUCAAUCUCUCAGACUCCAAACUCAAACUCACUCUAAAACCACAAGCCAUCUCUCUCAGAGGAGCCAGACUUCUCCUCAGACACAUCACACACCUACAGAAACUCUGCCUGAGUGAGCGUUUGGUAGUGAGGAUGGCCAGAGCAGUGAGAGCCGGUGGGUCAUUCAGGAGCAGUGAGAGCCGGUGGGUCAUUCAGGAGCUCUGUCUGGACUUUAUCAUCAUAAACCCAAAGAUCUUCAGAUAUCUGAGCAGUUUGUCGUCCCUCCUGAACCUCUGGACUGUUCACUGUGUGAACCUCACUGAGUACAGGAUGGAGGCUCACUCUCUCCUCAGCCUCAUGUGUCAUCCUGGCCUUUUCAAGAUCAGAUUAUCGAAAUCGACUCUCCAGCAGUUUACUGAUCUGCUGAAUGAAGCUCAGGAUGGAGAACUGACUCGCUUUUUCCUGGAGAAGGUGGGAGGAGACCUGACUUCCUGUUCUCUCAGCUGGGAGGAGCUUAUCUAUCUUCUCCAGCAGCGAGUUUGCUGCAUUAGUGUGAACAUCAGAAAGAACAAAAUCACUCAUAAACACACCAGAGAGAUUCUUCCUCUACUGUCUGAAAUUCAGUUUAAACGAUUGAACCCCAGUGUUCUGCUGUCAUUCAUCAGAGAGAUCUAUGAGACUGACUCUGCUCACUAUGUGUCCAGUCUUUUAAAGUCAACACACAGCUGUUUUAACCUGAACAAUACAGAUCUGAACUCAUACCACUGUACUGCCCUGUGCUUCACCCUCCAACACUGUACAUCUGUCUCUCUGAGCCUGAUGUGGACCUCCAUACCAGACGGGGAGCUGGUGAAGAUUCUACCCCUGUUCAACAGACUUUCUCAGCUCAGUGUUGACAGGUUUCUGUUGCUCAAGUUACUCCACUGCUGCAGUGUCUCUGAGCUCCAACAGGGGGCAGUAGCAGCUGUUUUCUCUGCUCUGCAGAACAGACUGGACUUCUGCUGUAGCACUGGUUUGGAUCUGAGCACAGAAACACAGGAUAAAACUCUGCAUCUGAGCACCGAGGACUGCAGAGACAUCAGCACUGCCAUCCAGAAAUCCCAGCAACGUACAGAGCUCAUUCUAGAGGACUGUGAGCUGGAGGACACUGGAGUGGACGUGUUCUUACUCAUUCUACAUACUGUGAGACUACGCUGUAGUAAAUCUUUGUUGCUCCGGUUCCUGGCUCUUCUCCGUGUGGUGAAUCAGUCAGACUGUGUGAUGAAUGUUAUGUCCCUCUCAAAGGCUCUGAAUGGAGACAUGGACCUCAGCGAGACCCCUCUGGAUCUUGGUGCCUGUAAAUCAUUAGCAUUGUUUCUGGAGUUUUCUGAAGGUCUGUCAGAACUGGACCUCAGUCACUGCAAGCUCACUGAUCAGGGCCUGGAGCUGCUGUUACCACAUCUGCAUAAAGUGGAGGUCCUGGAUCUGAGUCACGAUGACAUAGGCGACUGUUUAGCAGGAAGAAUCUACACAGUUGUUUCCACCAGCAGCAACAUACAAACAGUUCGACUCUUCGGCAACAGAAUUACUGAUCAAGAGCCUUUCCAAAAAGACAAGCGCUUUGAGAUCUGGUGAUGACUGUGGCAUGUUUUCAGUACAAGGCAUAAAGAACCAUGCAUAAACAAGUCAACAUGAGAGA